CGCCACGCACAAAGGGAACUCAGUCGGUGGUCAAGUUGAACUGCGCUCUGCGAAAAGCUUUCAAGUGAAAUAGCACGUACUCCAGGCGUGUACAGGGCUCGAUGUACGAGGCGGACGAUAUGCAAGAUAUCCGCCGCCGCCAGGAGUAAUCUGGCGUUUCUUCGCGCAGGCAUGACACCCGACAUUCCCUGCAGUAUCAGCAUACUAGCGGACCUACGUGCAAUGGAACGAGGUCGCGCUUGCAUAGAGGCCGAGCUUGAUGAUCUCGUCGUACAACUCGCCCGCGUUAUGGAACGACGGUCAGACGUUGAGCGUCAGCAAGCUAUCAGCACCGCGAUGCUCUCUCCCGUCCGCCGACUUCCGGUCGAGAUACUGUCGAAGAUAUUCGAGCUCUCUAUACCUCAUGAUUGGGAACAGAAGUUCCUGGGAUUGAGGGGGCCCGCGUCUGCCGAGGUCUGCAAAGUAUGGCGUACAGUCGCGAUUGGGAUGCCGCAGCUGUGGAACAAUAUAGGCAUCGACUACAGGACCGAUUCGAAGCAUCUGCGAAGCGCGUUCGACUUGCGUAUGGCUCGUUGCGGACAGGGGCCCCUACGACUCCAUCUUGCUUUCCAUCGUCACUGGGGUCGAUCCCACUCGGUACCAGAAGUGUGGGCCACGCUAUGCUCGCAGUCCCAUCGAUGGUCGGCCCUUACAGUCGAGAACUUCUCCCCGAGGACGGCCAAGGGACUGCACUGGACAUGGCCCUCCCAUUUCCCCAUCCUGUCCAGCCUCGAGUUGGUAGGUGAAGACCCUGACUCGCCGUCCCUCCAUGUAUUCUCGGAUGCGCCCAUAACAUCCUUGAAAAUGUGCUUCUCUUACUCUCCGCGCAGACCUCCGGCUCUGCAUUCGACAUGGAAAAUCACCAAUGUAGACCUCCAUUGCGAGGACAUUCGAUCCUUCCUGCCACUGCUGCUGGAUUGCUACCUGACGUUGCAGCAUCUUGAUGUUGAGACCUUGUCGGAGAUCGAUGGUAUCCCAGCCUUUUUCGGCAUGGAGUUCCCCGUUCUCGAAACCCUCAAGCUGCAUUAUCAUGCUUGCCGAUUCCUGACGUACUUGGAAACCCCUCGGCUCAGGCGUCUAGAUCUAUAUGGUCAUGAGGGAGGCAUCGGAGACAUGAAGAAGCCACUCAGCGAGGUCGCGGAGAAAAUACGCACGUCGGGGGUGGCAGAAAGCCUGGGCUGGCUUACGCUCACCGAUAUCGAGGAUGCGACCCAAAACAUCAUCCAAUGUCUGGACCUUCUUCCCGUCCUGCAGAGCUUAGAUAUCGAGAACCGCGCGUCUCCUGACUACGGCGAGCAUGAAGUUAUCUCGGAGGAAUUACUGCGUGCCCUCGUACGAGUCCCGACAGACGCAGCGUCGAUGAACCGACUUCCUCGGCUGAGGCGUCUGGGUUUGCUGUGGAGGAUGUCGGAGGGCAUAGUAUGCGACAGGAUUGACCUGGUGGAGGCGCUGCUCCGGUCGAGAUCGACGGAGGACACGUAUGAAGGAAAGAAUUUGGCAAGGAUCGAGUGGUUGGAGACGGAUCUUCCAGGAGACUGGUCGCUCUCGGACCUAUCGAGACAUAUUGCUACGACGUUCAUGCACUUCGGCAUUCUCGAGAUACGCAGAUGUUGUUCGUAUAGUAACCCUCCUCUGAAAUCGACUGGUCGAUUGCUCAGUGUGGGGAUCUCUAGAUGCACAAUCAGCCGUAACACCCAGCAGCAUAACCCAUAG